GACGUAGCGUGUCACGAGCUUCAAAUUUUCUACCGUUGCCAAUCGUUAAUCCUUCCCUUCCUAUAUCUUUGGUCUAAGCAAGCUCUGACAUCUCUGAGCUACUAUCCAUGACUUACAAUGCAAGCUCGGCUUCACACCUUUCUUGGUCGACUAUCUGUUGAACCACUACCUCGUAGUCGUCCAUUCUCUACUGCAGCUGACGGAUGCCAUUACAUGUGGAGGGGGGAUGGUCCAGGACUGAGGUCUAACAUCAUUGCUGUGUGUGACCCAAGGACUGAGCUGUGGAGUCUCUUGCCCACCACUGGACCUCUACCCCCUGGAGAGUGUGGUGGUCGCUCUGUUUGUGUAGGUCGUUACCUGUACACCUUUGGUGGUCGUGAAGGUUGGUCUUCUUACUUCAAUGGCAUUAGCAAGCUUGAUCUAGACACUCUCCAGUGGGCCAAAAUUCAAACUUCUGGUAGUCAGCCUAUGAAAAAAGGUGGUUGUGACCUUGUCCGUGUGAAUGAGAGAACUCUGUGCUGCUUUGGAGGAAUCGGUAUUGAGGGCUCCACACAACCAGGAUCAACAUUCACCAAGAUUAGACUGUCUGAUGGAAGUGGAUUGACAAACGAGUUCCAUUUAUUUGAUAUACAAAAUGGUGUCUGGUCGUCCCCUGAGCUCAGAGGAGAGAGACCUCCUCCCUGUAGUGGCUUCACCUUCACCAUGGUGGACCAGUACAGGGCAGUCCUCUUUGGAGGGAUCCAACCUGGCCAUCGUAAAGUCAAUGAUAUCUACCUGUUUGACUUCAGGACCAUGGAGGUGACUAAGGUGAAGCCAGCGCAGGGAGAGCCAUGGCCAGUGGGGAGGUCAGUCCAUGCUGCCUGUUGUCUCAACUAUGGCCAGGACCACCCUCAAUUACUGGUGUACGGAGGAUGUAGUGAUGACAGGGAGACACUGGGGGACAUGUGGAUAUUUAAUGUUGACACUGGCAAGUGGACGGAGGUGACACCUCCUGAGUCAAUGACACCACGUGGCCUUCACUCCAUCACUGCCACCAGUCUGGGACCAGGACUCACUGAGGUCCUUGUGUUUGGAGGCCUUCGGGAGUUGCUGGGAAAUAGCAUUGCAGAGACCACCCUACUGAGAUUCGAGUUGAUUGGACCUUCAGUGUUCGUUGCUGGACCCUCAACUGGGAAGUGGGCUCUCGUAGAUGUGGCCCACAACGACACUAGAGGCUCCGCCCAACGACUGAGUGAGAAGAGGAUCAGACAAGCAACUGCUCGUGCCUCAUCAGUCAGUAAGACCAGAGACCACUCCUCUCAAGACCGGGUGAGGGCUCUGGAACAACAGUUACGAGCAGCAGAGCAGAGAGAGCACGACACUCAACGUCAUCACCAACUACAGUUGCAAGACAAGGAUCGUGAAUUGGCUACAAAAGAUCGUGAAUUGACCGAGGCUAACCGUCGUCAUGGAGAUGCAGAGGAAAGAGUACAGCUGACAGAGCAAAGAGAGCAAGCUACACAAUUACUUUUACAAGUGAAAGAUCGUGAAUUGGCUGAGGCCAACACAAAAGAAGCUGACCUGUCUGCUCGAAUCACAGCUCUAGUGAGGGAGUUAGAAGGCAAGACGAAAGAGUUGGCAGCACACAACACAGAGGUAUGGAGGAUUCCGGCCAACAGUGUGAUCAUUGGCAGGAGGAUUGGCAAAGGAGGGUGGGGGGAGGUACUGGAGGGAACAGUAAGGGUGGCCAUCAAGCGAGUACACGAAGAAAUUGCCUACCCAAUUCACAUCGAAAAAAUGGAGAUAGAAAUGAGGCUAUUGGCUGAAGUGCGACACCCAAACCUUGUGCAAUUCAUUGGUGCUAUUUUUGAUGAGCAAAACCAAGUCAAUCGAUCCCCUCCUAUCCUCGUCUCCGAGCUUCUGGACAUGAAUCUCCGACAAGCAUACGAGUGGAAUCAACUAGACGCAGGAAACCGCCUCUCGAUCUUCAUGGACAUUGCCCUUGCUCUGGACUACCUGCACCAGCGCUAUGAUCCCAUCAUCCACCGUGAUGUGAGUGCUCCCAACGUCCUUCUCCAGCGAAUGCCCAACCACCAGUGGAAAGGGAAGGUCUCUGACCUCGGCUCAGCCAACUUCCUGCAGCAUGCUCAUACGAUAGGAGAGGGGGCCAUAAUCUACUCUCCUCCUGAAGUCAUCCCUCAAGCCUUUAAUCCUCUCACUCCACCUCUGAGACAGUCUGUCAAGAUCGAUGUGUACAGCUAUGGCAUUGUCCUCUGUGAGGUGACUGCUAGUCGAUUCCCAAGUGCUAAACAUUAUCGAGACAUGAUUCUCCAAGUAAAGAGGCAGCGUCCUGCAAUGUAUGAUCUGAUACUCCGUUGCACUAUGAGAGAGCCCAGCCAUCGACCCAACAUGGCACAAGUGAUUGUGGUACUGAACAAAAUAGAACCCUUUUAGCUAGAUCUAUAAAUGUGAACUAUAGUACCUUCCUUUUAGCCUCUACACAGGCUCUCCUUUUUCUGUUCUUUAUCACAAUCGUUCAAUAAGAUAAAAUACUGUA